UCUCUCCUAGGACCCCACAUAUGACGUACUUCCUCCAGCGACAGAAAUACAUUCAAAACAUCGAUCUGCAGGAUUGUGACCCUUUUCUCGCGUGUUUUGCUGCAGGAAUUUAACACAAUGGCGCUGGAGACGGUUCCUAAAGACCUGCGACACCUGAGAGCUUGUCUCCUCUGUUCGCUGGUGAAGACCAUUGACCAGUUUGAGUAUGACGGCUGUGACAACUGUGAGUCUUACCUCCAGAUGAAGGGGAACCGAGAGAUGGUGUAUGAAUGCACGAGUUCCUCGUUUGACGGUGUGAUAGCACAGAUGAGUCCAGAGGACAGCUGGGUAGCUAAAUGGCAGAGGAUAGGAAACUUCAAGCCAGGUGUAUAUGCUGUGUCAGUGACAGGCAGACUACCUCCAGGUGUGGUGCGAGAGUUGAAAAGUAGAGGAGUGAUAUACAAAUCCAGAGACACAGCAGUGAAGACCUAAAUCCAACAGCUUCCAGUUUAUGUUGUCUGAUUCAUCACAGUCGAGCAGCAACCGCAAGACGAGACGUACAGCUGUGGGACUGUUCAAUUCUUGAUUUUUGUUGGGAUUUGAAAAAUUAACAUGAUGAUUAUAUGUGAGUAAGGGGGGAUGUUUUGUAUUUCUUUGAGCUAUUGAGAAAAAUAAAAGUCUGUUUUAUAGGAAA